GUUGCAAUUCCGGACUUGGUGGAGGCUGCUAAGAAUGCAGAUAUACUAGUCUUUGUACUGCCCCACAAUGUGAGUGACACCUUUAUUUGUAUAGGAAAUUACACAGUUUACGAGAAGUAUUAAUGAAAAAUCGCACGCAUGUAUGGCGAAAUAUUUAUAAUACCGCGAGUGCGUAUAGUAGCACGAGCGGUAUUGUAAAUAUUUCGCCAAACACAAGUGUGAUUUUUCAUUAAUACUUCGAGAACAAGUGUAAUUUCCUAUUAAUAUCAUUUUGUAGUCAAUUUUACACGAGCAAUCAAUGAUAAGAAACAUUGUAUUAUUUUGUAUUCAAGCGAGCGCAGCGAAUAUACGCGCCUCUGCAUGUGGUCAAUUUUGAAAGCACUUUCUGACAUUAAUUUUCAGUUCAUACCUGUAAAAACUGUGAAUAAUCUUUAUUUCCUCAUUUUUCUUCGUUAUGAAAGCAUAAAUAAGAGCUCAUUGUAAAAUACGAGCUCAGAAAAUCUGCAUUUUCAAGUUGUUUAUUGUGUUGACUGUUGACAUUUUGUGUUUAAUGCACGCAUGAUCCACGCGGAUCCGUGCCGAUUAAUCUUUAAUCGGCACACAUGUGCGAGUAAUGUUUAAUCGGCACGGUUUUUAACCAAUCACAAUCGAGUAAAUUGACUAAGAUGAUAUUAAUACAGAUACCCCAACUGGAUUAAAGCACAUAUUAGCCAACGUAACAUCACUUGAGAAUAUAUAGUUUUAUCAAAAGUUGACUUUAAACUAUAAUUUAGUUUAGGAAAAAAUAUAGGCUUGACCGAUUGGAAAAAUGGUUGUCAGUCCUUUUUGAGAUAUUGCAUCUUAAAAAUACCGGAGAUUGUACUAAAUUUAGCAAAGAAAAUUGACUAGCAUCGUUUUGGUGCUUUUCGCACAUUGCAAACGACUAACUCUUGCAUGAAUUGUUUUCAAUCUUAAUCUCUUAUAUACACUUUGCUUUAAAUAGCAGUCUCUGCUAAAAAAGGUUUAUUAGCCUGGCAAUGCAUAAAAUAUAUGAUAAUGCAAAUUUGUGGCGGCAUUGUAGUUUUCGAAUCGGUAUAUUUUGUAGAAACUAUAGUUUUGUGAAAGGAAGCGGUUAUUUGUCCGGCCACAGAAAUUCAACGAGCUUUGGCUUUAAAUUGGCUAUUUGUCCAGGAAUUAAUUUGAUUGGUUCAUUUCUUCAUUCGGUCAGCAUGCUAAAAUGACAUCAGGUAAAUUUCAUUAAUUGUCACACACAUUCCUCCUAAGGCACUCGCCUCGUACGCGCUAGCUCCGCUGGUCGACCUGCGAGCAGGUGGCCUGAUCAUUUGGGGUUAGAGGUUAGGGAGUUGGAUAAGUGCGGGUAAGGUUCCGGUUUUAUUGUGUGAAACUUUUGCUGGCCAUUUAAAUGAACUAAUCAAAUUAAUUCACGGACAAAUAACCAAAGCUUGUUGGUUUCCGUGACCGGACAAAUAUCAACUUCAUUCGUGAAAACUACAGUAUUUUUUGAAAAAUAUAGCUUUUAAACCAAAGCCUAUCGUUUUAUGUUAAAAACUUCUCUAUGUUAACGAACAGAACUUUGGUCCCAAUUGCUACCUUCUUUAGUAUUAAACACUUUAAAUUUAUGCAUGCCAUUAUCAAGCGUAUUUCUUGUGAAGUAUCCCCACAUUUCUCGAAGACCACUGUCCAGCAACCGAAAGCUUUUUCUUAUAAAUUAAUUUCAAAUAAUUUAAUACUUUGAAUUGCCACAGUUUAUCAGAGGUGUAUGUCGGUCUCUUAAAGGGAACAUAAAGAGUGAUGCUAUUGGCAUUUCGUUAAUUAAGGUAACUUGAAAUUUGCUUUAAUCUAUUUAUUAUUUAUCUAUAGAGUUAAUUUGGUGUACAAAAAUUAUUGGGAUAAAUAUGAUUAUUUAUUUCAAACAAUUCUCGAUUUCUGAUUGGUUACCAACCGAUGGCGAAUUCAUCAUGUCAAGUGAAUGGUGGAUUUGUGACAUAAAUAUAUGAUAAAUACAAUAUUGCACGAUCGACGUCAACCGGAAUACACGUGUUCACGCAACGCCGGCCGUUACAGUUAGUUUGUUUACAAAUUAAAUUUGCACUCCUGUAAACCAAAAAUAUUUCAAAUAGAGCCAAGAAAUUUAAAUGAAAAGCAUUCGAAUUUACUGUUUUGAGACCUGAUCAGAAAUGCUUGGUUUGCAAGCGGCACAAAUAAGCAACGGCGUUUGUGUUCACACGAAGCCGCCAAGCGCCCCGUUUUCAUCUCCGUAACGGCAAAAAUGACGUUUUCAAACGAUUUCGCUCCGCCGUUUUCAAACCGCUGCGGCACAGUGUGAACGUAUAGUCUUACUGAAAAAAUUUAGUAAAUUUGAAAUUUUACUAAAAACAUUUAGUAAGUUUGCUCCUAAAUGUUAAGGUCACUAUGGGCACAGAGGAGAGAUCUACAGAGACGAAUCUCGCGGCAAAUUAUGACACACCGAUCAAAUAAACUUUAAAAUUAUAUUAAUUCACUAUUUUAUUAAAUUUUGAUAAUGCAGAGGAAUAAAACUAUACGUAUUAUAGAAGUAUUCAUGUUUUUUUUUAUGCGAGAGUUAUAUUUUGAGGAAUUUAUAUCAUUCGCUGUUUUGUUAUUUAUAGAUGAGCAUCUGCAUGAAAUUCCCAGCAAGUAAUAUUAUAAGGAGAAGAUAGGGAAAAAACAAACUUUUGGUAAAUAAAAUGUUAUGUUAACACUUUUAUAAACGGAAAUCAAUAAAAGUGAUCGCUUACUGUUACUCUUGAAGAAUUCAUUCCAAAAAUAGCCGUCGGUAGCGCAGAUUUAAAAAAAAACAAUUUUUCGUCUUUCGAACGGCGUUUUCCUAUUACUUUCCUUAUUCAGAACGACACUUGCCAGCGCUCGCCGGAAGUGCGAAUUCCGUGUGGCACAAAACAGUCAGCAAUUUGAUGGGAGAGAUUCAUAUCUGUAUUUACCUCAUCUGUGCUAUGGGUGCAUUCUUUCACUCGCGAGGCAUAAACACGCGGGUCUUGACUAUGGUCUUGGCCCCCAGACACGCGCGUCUGGGGAUCAUAUUUGGCUUCAAGAAAAAGAUAGGCAGUUUAUCUGAAGGUAGCGUUCCAGUUAUAUUCAUUCCCCAGGUGUAUAGACAUGGAACCAGGUUGUGCCGCAGAAAUCAUCGAAGUGAGAGUUUUAGUGCAUUUUUCGCUAAUAAAGCGACUGUAUUAUCGUACAAACUCCUUGAUUGGAACGAAUAUAGGGAAUGAUUAAAUAAGUGGUAAGAAACCUGUUUUCUGGCUAACUAUAUUAUGAUAUGCUUACUAUUUAAGGGAUUGGAUUCAGCCAGUGAAGGUAUUUCAUUGAUAUCUAAAGUGAUUGAAGACGAGCUUUCAAUUCCUUGUCAUGUUCUUAUGGGAGCAAAUCUCGCUGGGGAGGUCGCACAGGAAAUGUUUGUUGAAGCAACAAUAG